AUGCGUUUGUUUGUCUUGCAGGCCAAAACGGAAGCAGCAGCAGCAGCAGGAGGAGGACAAACAGCAGCAGCAGGAGCAGCAGCAGCAGCAACAGCAGCAGCAGCACCAGCAGCCAAAACGGAAGCAGCAGCAGCAGCAGCAGGAGGACAAACAGCAGCAGCAGGAGGAGCAGCAGCAGCAACAGCAGCAGCAGCACCAGCAGUAUCAGACACGUCGACGAGCAGCAGCAGCAAAAACCAAUCCCGUCCUGCUGCUGCUCCAGCUGCUGCUGCAGCUGCACCAGCAGCAGCUUCUGCUGCACCUGCUGCAGCAGCGGGUGCACCGACAAGCGCUGCUGCUCCUGCUGGAGCUGCUGCUGCUCCUGCUGCUGCUGCUGCUGCAGCACCCGUGCGACGCAGUCCCCUCGGCCCUGAAGCAGUCUCCCUGAUGAAGGCGAGGAUGGCGGGCCAUGCAGGAGCAGCAGCGCCGCAGCAGGCCCCCAGCAGCAGCAGCAGCAGCAGCAGCAAUACCAACAGCAAAAGCGGACGCAGUAGUAGCAGCAGCAGACCCAGCAGCGGCAGCAGCAAACCUAGCAGCAGCUGGCGGGCCAUGCAGGAGCAGCAGCGCCGCAGCAGGCCCCCAGCAGCAGCAGCAGCAGCAGCAGCAAUGCCAACAGCAAAAGUGGACGCAGUAGUAGCAGCAGCAGACCCAGCAGCGGCAGCAGCAAACCUAGCAGCAGCAGCAGCAGCAGCGGGGCCUCUGCAAGGCCUCCACGCCCAGGUGAGGGGCCCCCGGGGGGAGUGCGGGGGCCCUCCAGUGGCAUCCUCGGGCCAGCACCCAGCAGCCUCACCAGCAGCAGCAGCAGCAGCAGCAGCAGCAGCAGGACAGAAGGAACCUCAUCACGGGGGCACCGCGACGGCGGCGGGGCCUCAAAGGCUGCUGAUGCUGCGCGUCGGCAGCAAGACAGCAGCAGCCGCAGCAGCGGCAGAGGACCUGCUGCUGCUGCAGGGACUUCAGGGGGCAGCUUAG